CUCUCUCUCUGUUUUGUAUGAGCAAAACAGCCCUCUAAGAUUUUAAACAUGAUAACAAACGUGUGGUAAUUAUUCACGUGCAGAAAGACCCGUGCAAUUAGCCUCAUCUCAACAGGAUCCCCAGGACAUCCCUCACUCUAGAGCUAUCGGUGUUCAUAAAAAAAUUCAAUAAAUAAAUAAAUAAAGUGAAAAAGACUAAUCAGUGGAAAAUGCCGUGUUGGUACUAUGAUAAAAAAGAGUUACGACACACACCCUCGAUACAGGAUGGAAUUGAUUACGAGACUGAAUGUCGAUACAGAAAGGAAGGUGCUAGAUUUAUCAUCGACACGGGUACCAAACUCGAGCUUGGAUACAACACGAUGGCAACUGGAGUCGUGUAUUUUCACAGAUUCUACAUGUUUCAUUCAUUCAAACAAUUUCCACGUUAUGUCACUGCCUGCUGCUGUCUAUUCCUCGCUGGAAAAGUCGAGGAGACACCCAAGAAGUGCAAGGACAUAAUCAAGACUGCAAAAACACUACUGACUGAACAAAAAUUUCUCACUUUUGGAGAAGAUCCGAAGGAAGAAGUCAUGACUCUCGAGAGAAUUCUACUACAGACUAUCAAAUUCGAUCUUCAGGUGGAGCAUCCUUACAGUUAUCUAUUGAAAUACGCAAAGUGUUUGAAAGGGGACAAGGCUAAACUCCAGAAAAUGGUCCAGAUGGCCUGGACAUUCGUAAACGACAGUUUAUGCACGACUCUUUCACUCCAAUGGGAGCCUGAGAUAAUAGCAGUAGCCCUAAUGUACUUGGCUGGAAAAUUGAGUAAAUUCGAAGUUGUCGAUUGGAACGGACGUCAACCGAAACACCUGAGGUGGUGGGACAUGUUCGUGGAAGACGUUACAAUGGACUUACUCGAAGAUAUCUGUCACCAAGUGCUAGAUCUCUACUCUCAAACCAACAACGCUAAAAUUCCCGACUCACCCCCUCUCAUCCCAUCGAACAAUCGAGGACCAGAAAAUCCCGUGAUCGUCCCUAAUAUUGAAUCCGCGUCGAGUACUCCAAACGUUGUCACCCCCUGCAAAAUUCCGAAAAUCGAGUCAACAAUUCCCAUCGUCGCAGCAUCAUCAAACGGUUGUCUCCCAUCGGAGCCAAUGGACACGUCAAAACCUAUGGAUUUGCCGGGACACUUUCCCCCAUAUCCCGCGAGUUUUCCCCCAGCUGGUGCUUAUCAGGCUGUUUUCCCCCCCGCAAAUAUCUCAGUGCCCCCUCCACCCCCAGUGAAUCCAAUGAAUCACAUUGUUCCACCAAUUCGUCUAGGUCCUGCACCUCAAAUUCGCGCAAAUCCCCCAACCCCCAGUGCGCCACCCCCCGCCCCUUUUCCGCCAUACACCUAUCCCCCCAUGGUUCACUUCACACCAGGAAAUCCACCCCCCACAGGGGCACCUCCACCACCUCCACUGCCCAGUAAUCCACCCCGUAAUUACUAUCCCCCCCAGCCUUGAUACCUGAUCUCUUGUUUAUUACGUGAUUGUCGCGAAAUUCUGAGAAUUUUCAUUUUUGUUGCCAUUGCUAUGGGUGACUUAAUGGGAGUCAUAACGAAUUUUUCAAUUCAGUACCGAAAUUGUUAAGUCGAAUUCGACAGAAAAUUAAUCAAUUGAUUGUUUGAUAUUCCGUAAUCAUCGAUUUAUCUGGAGAACUGGGGGUUUGAGGGGGCAAUGGUGAGAGACUUAUUCGUUGGUUAUUAAAUUUUUGAGAAAAAGAACUUCUGAUAUUUUUUCCUAGAAUCGAUAUUUCUCCUAACAAAGAACGUCCUUCGCGAUUGGCAUAAUUUAAGAAUUCGAUUGUAUGGGGAAUUUAUCCUCGGGGAUUGCGUGGGUUAAUUUUAAUUAAUGAUCAUUGGAUGGGGGGAGUUGCAAAUGAAAUGUAAAUAGCUGAUCUUAUUUUUCACGAGUGUCAGAAUGAGAGGAAUUGUUUCAAGAGACCUUUGGCUCACUGAAUUUAUCAAGAUGUAUACAAAAUUGUAUAAGUGGAAUUGUAUAAAAAUUAAAUCUUUGAACUUACA